GGGAAAAAAUUAUAAAAUAAUUAAAGAAAUACGUAAAAGAACUUAUUAAAAGUGGUGAGCAAUGGAAAAUACUACAAUUAUUUCCCAAAUUAAAGUGUUGUCAUGAAUAAACAAUUGAUUUAAAUAGUGUAUUUUAACCUUUCUUGCCAGUCACAUUUUUACUCGUUUUUAUUCUUUCGGUUAAUUAAGAAAUUAAUGAAAAGAAUCUCAUUAUCAAAUUAAAAAUUCAUUAAUAGAUGUAAUUAAAAGGAGAGGCAAGAGAGGAAGUUCGUGCUGUUACAUUCAUUGCAUAAAAAAUUUAUGAUGAAAUUUAAUUGUGCAAAAUUAAAGCAAAAACUUUCAGUUCAGUGAGCAAAAGAAGAAGAACUUUUUAAGUACGAUACGAUACGUAAAAAGUCAAGUGAAACAAGUGAAUUAUAAUUUUAGGCAUAAAUUUAACUUAAUUGUGAAUUACUAAAAAGUGAACGAAGAUAUGUUAAGAAAAAUUCCAGUAAUUGUGAUACUGGGAUCAACCGGAACCGGCAAAACGAAACUGUCAAUCGAACUUGCACGGAGAUUUAAUGCUGAAAUCAUUUCAGCUGAUUCGAUGCAGGUGUACAAAGGAUUGAGUAUAGCAACGGCAAAAGCCACAAACGAUGAACAAAUGCAAGCACCUCACCACUUACUCGAUAUAGCAACCCCACAUGAACCGUUCACCGUAACGCACUUUCGUGAUAAAGCUUUACCAAUUAUUGAUAAUUUAUUGCAACGAUCAAAGAGUCCGAUCAUUGUUGGUGGCACAAACUAUUAUAUUGAAAGCAUAUUAUGGCACAAUCUCGUAUCGCCGGGCGUUGGUUGCAAAAGAAAAAUUGAUGAUACUAAUUAUUGUGAUGAAUUGACUGAGGAUGCAAAAGAUUUUCUUGACAAUUCCGCGACAAACGAGAAAAUGUUGGAGAUUGAGUCAACAAAACUUUAUGAAUAUCUUAAAUUAAUAGAUCCGGCAACGGCCAAUAAAUUACAUCCAAACAACAAACGGAAAAUUAUGAGAGCACUGGAGGUCUUUAAGGAUCAUGGAAAGCGCUUAAGUGAUAUAAUUGAGGAUCAAAGAAAGUUGCCAGGACAGGCAUCAACAAGUUCAGAACAGCAAUCAAAAAGUUCAGUACAUGCAUCAAAAAGUUUCGAUCAGGCAUCUUAUAGUUCAGAACAUGCAUCAAAGAAAUCAGAACAAUCUCUUUCAAUUUCAAUUACAUCAUCAGACAUAGAGGAACUUUGUAAGACUGACUUAAAAGUAAUGAGAAAAUGGAGAAGCAUAAAUUCAAAAGUUGUCAGUGCCGUUGAUGCACUUUUGCAAGGCGAAAAGCAAAAAUUUGAGCAAAAAUUACUUCACAAAAUAUUCGAAGAAAACUGUAUCAAUGUUGCUAAUCUGCCAGCAGUUGUAUCUGAAGAUAAUUUAACGCCAUUAACAUUCAAAGAAUUAUCUGAAGAAUCAAACCGAGUUGCUCGUACAAUAUCAAUGUUUUUCAAAUCAAAAAUGCACAAGUUUAAUGGACAUAUGGAUUGGAUUAUUGCGCUUUAUAUGAAACCAACAUAUCGAGCAGUUAUUUGCAUGCUGGCAGCUUGGAAAGUAGGUGCUGGAUAUUUACCAUUGAAUUAUGAGGAUCCAAAAAGAAUAAAAGAAAUUCUAAAUCAAGCAAAGCCUCAACUUGUGAUUAUUGAUGAUGCUUUUAUAACAACCGAAAGCCAUAAAUUUCUUGAAGAGUUUGACGUCGUGAGUUUUAAGAGACUCGCAUAUAGAGCGAAACAGCAUAGAAAAGAAAGUUUUCCUGAUGAUAUGAGUAUGAUGCAUGGAAAGAUCAACGAAGAUAACCUUGCAAUGGUCCUUUACUCAUCAGAGAUUGUAUCACCAAGAGGAACAAGACUUCUCCAUCAUAGCUGUCAACAUCGUCUAGAAUGGCAAUGGACUAAAUUUCCAUUCCAGUCUGUAGAAACUCAUUGCAUCGCUCAUAAUGCAAUCUAUCAUAUUGAUAAUUUUGCUGAAAUUUGGGGAACACUUCUAAAAGGAAAAACUGUAGUAAUGAUGAGGAGCCAUUCCCGCAAGGAUAUUGAGAGAAUCAUUAGAACAAUUGAAGAGUUUAAUAUCAUGAGAUUUUAUGGACUGCCAUCAAAGAUUGACAAGAUUCUAGAUAGUGUAAUAAAGAAAACUUCAAGUAAUCCAAAAGCCAAGAAGCUUUUAAUGAACGUUGUAUCAUGGAUAAGCUCUGGAGAUGUGCUGGAAAAAGACGUCGCUGUCAAGUUCUUCAACUAUUACGAAAACGACGGUAAACACACAUUAACAAAUUCUUAUGGAUGUACCGAAACAACUGGUGAUUGCUGCUACUACGUUAUGACAUCAUUAGAGCAGAUUCAGGAAUUAGAAAGAAUUCCAAUUGGUUUUCCAUGUUAUGGUACAUUUAUAUAUAUUCUUGAUGAAGACGAUGAUCCAGUCGUAAAAAAUCAGACUGGAGGAAUUCAUAUUGUUGGUCCAUUGCUAGCAGCAGCUUAUAUUGACGACGCAGAUGAUACUGUCUAUAAACAUAACAGAUACAGUUUAUAUCCAGCAAAUUGGAAUAUGUUUUAUACUGAAGAUUAUGGAACAAUCAUCAAUAAGUUGUUAUAUUAUGAUGGAAAAAAGAAAAUUAGAGUUCGGUAUGAUGAUCAUAAUGUCGACUACUUAACGAUCGAAAAAUUCAUCAAUGAACUUGAAUAUGUUGAAAAUGCCAUUGUGAUUCCUACAAAAGAAAAACUUGUUGUCUUCAUAAUCCUUCAUAGAACACAAGCAAGAAUUACCAAACCUAAAGUCGUCAAUGAUAUAAGAAGAGAACUUCCAGAAUAUGCAGUACCUGAUGUUGUAAUACAUUUUCGAUUCCCAUUGCUACAAGACGGUGAAGUUGACAAAGAUGCAUUGAUUCAAGAAUACAAUCUCGCAAAUGAUCCAAACAUCAAGAAACACGAAAAUCUAAUCAUUGAACUUGAUGGAAUUUCAGAGGAUAAAAAGGAAAUGGCGAAAAGGGUAUUUACAAUUAUUGGUAAUAAUAUAGGACGAGACUUAACUGGAACUAUAAAACCAUCAACAAACUUCUUUAACAUUGGAGGUUGUUCCUUGAAUGUGGUAUCAUCGAUUUACGAGCUAUAUCGUAAAGGAUAUAGCAUCACUGCUGAUAGUUUCUUAAAAGCAAAAGAUUUCAAUGAAAUCCUUAAUCAAAUUAAACCAGUUGGACGUCAUAGCUGCAUACGAGAAGAUUAUGGAUUUGGAACUAAUGAUAAUUGGAAGAUAUCAAUUGUUAGGUAUGAUGAUCUGCCAGAAUGCUUAGACUGUCUGUUGGAAUGUUAUACCACGAAGCACGUACUUAUGAAACAUAUUCCUCAAAUAACAGCAGACAGUCUUCGACGAUUUAUUGAAUAUAACUGGACAUGUUUUGUGGAAAGACGGUUGAGUUUUAAAGUAGUGGAUAAAGAACUUGAUAAAACAAUCGGUGUUGCACUCAACAUUGAACUUGAAGAAGAGUCGUACAUGAGUUUCAAUGAAUUUGCAGAAUUUGAGCCAAUUUUAGAGUUCCAAAGAUUUAUGGAAGAGUCUUACGUCAAAGAAGAUUAUCGGCAUAAUGCAUACUUAACAAACUAUUUCAUGGGAACAUCCAUGGACAUAACGCCUGCUGAAAAUGUAAAUUUAAUUUACUGUAUGGAGGAUCAUCUUAUAAAGCUUAUGAACGAUAGUAAUUUCAAUGGAAUAUACUCAAAUGGUGUUUGUCCAUUAAAUGCACAAAUCGGUGAACUUAUUCUCGACUACAGAAUUAUAGAAAAAUAUCCAGUAAAUCGCUAUGUUGAUAAAAAUAACAAUCGACCAUUUGAAAAUGCUCCUAAUGACAUCGUCCAAUAUGCGAUAUUGAAUCAUCGGCUAAACAGCAGAGUUGAUUCGAUGGUAAAGGAUGGACUACUUGUGGAGAUAAGGAGCUUUUAUGACGAAUAUGUUAAAAACCGCGACGCUGAUUACGAGGAAGGAAUAUUGCAAACAAUCGGUUUCAAAGAAUUCAUACCAUACCUGGAAAAGUACGAUAAGAGUCACGAUGAUUUAAUCAAUAAAUUCGUAGAAGCACCUGAAACGUUGCCAGAACCUGACGGAUACAAAUCACUUCUCUAUUGUCUCGAUGAGCUAAAACUAGUAACACAAAGGUAUUCAAAAAAGCAAAUUAAAUGGAUCAAGAACAGAUUUCUUGGCAGUGAAGUUCGAGAAGUUCCAAAAGUUUAUCCACUCGACACAUCUGACGUAAGUAAAUGGAAGGAAGUUGUCUAUCAACCUGCUGAGGAAACGAUGUUGUCCUAUAUUGCUGAAGAACCAAUAAAAUUGAAAGCACUGGAAAAGGUAAAGAGACUCGGCGACGGACUUAACGAGGAAACGACACACUACUGUAAAGUAUGUGAUAGAAUUUUCAUUGGCGAUUUUCAAUGGCAACUUCAUAUAAAGUCAAACAAUCAUAAGCGUAAGAAUGCUCGACAAAAUAAAUUGGAAAAGAACAAGAAGGAAAGUGAGGAAGUUGUUGAACAAAACAGUUGACGUGCUGCUGCUGCUUAAAAGAUAUUUAAUUUCUUUCUUUUGUUUAUUAAGUUGAACUUUUUUUUCGAUAGAUUUUCAUUUU